AUGUCGCCGCAAUGCCCCGUUCCUCGAUACUUGAAUCAAAACCAGGAUUCCAAGAUCGAACUGGUUGUUCCUGGAGAUUAUCCUGGGAACUCUCCAAAAGAGAGCCUGAUCUCGGUUGAAGCAACCGCUCGCCUACCCCUACCAGAGAAUGACCCUUCAGGCUCAGUAGAUGAGCUACCAGGUUUGCUACUGGGGGUUAAGUCGAUUGACACGACCACAAAGAUUGAACCACCGGAACAGCUACGAUUGCUGCACGUAUCAAACAAUGACUACGGGAUGGAGUUCAGUGCCUUCCUUGGGCGCGCGCUGGAAGCAUACGGCCUCACUGAGCCGCAUACGCAGAAAACCAUCUUCAAAUUCUUCGAUCGAUUCCUGGAACUUUCUGAGCAAUCCGCUUUUCGCGGCGGACGGUUCAGUCCCGUCCCCGCCUCGACAAAAGUUCGUCUCCCAGCACGCAACGGCAGCAAGGAGGAAGAAGUCCGAGUGACUUUCAUCGCAAUUCCCUACUUCUUACUACACGAUGCACAGCGCCCGCCACAGCGCGCCAUCAUGUCUCGUAAUAAAGUCCACUGGGUCCAACCACUGGUGCAAUCCGGCUACCACCUCGACUCAUCCAUGAUGCGCGAGGACCAGCAGGCGAUUCGACGGCUAUACAGACACAUUAAGCAAGUCAUCCACGUCCCGCAGCUGUGGGUGUUGAGUAUUGGGCACAACUUUGUCGCGACAUGCGCGCCGACGCCGCUGUUUGAUGGCCAGAGGUCACCGUCGGCAUCUCCUUGCAUUGCCCUCCGCGCCAUUGGAGAACAGACGGCUUUCCCACCGACAGUUCGCAUCACGACACCGUGGGGCUUUGUUUUUUGCCUUGAGCUCAGGAAGUGUGGAGUGUGGUCUGGAUUUCUCUAUCAAGUGCAAGUCAUGCUGAGCAGCGUAGCUCCCGAGAAUACCUCAAUAGACACAAGAAAUUGGGUCUACUCACUCGAAGUCGACGGCAGUACAAUAGAUGCCCGCCGCUGGCGCUCACUCUGGGAGGCUCACGGUGACAACAACCCGCUCCUUGCAAUCAUCGCCUCGCCUCCUCCAGAGCACAUCCCGCGCCGCAAAGAGCCCACUGAGCCAACUACAUCACCAAGUAGUUUAUCCGCAGAAACCCCUGAACCACGCUACCCUUCCGGCAUCUCCGACACCCUGAAGAAACUGGACGAGCGGAUGCGAGAGCAUCGCGAACGACGAAGCCGCACAAUAGCGACAACACAGAGCAAGUACGCCGGCGAUGAUGAUGCUGAUGGCCUUCGCAAUCCUUUCUCCCGCCGUUUUCCCAGCUCCGUGAAGCAUCGGGUGCGACGGUACCGCAGCGCAGGGUUCAGAAAUUAUGAUAACGACCAUCCCUACCAGUAUAUCGACCCAUAUUAUUUCCCACCGCAGUUCGUUCUCGAUGCAAUUAGAAACCAAUUCAAGGCAGAGAAGGAGGACGGAGAGAGCCAUGGUCUGGCCCAGGGAGCAAGUGGUGCUGUCGGGGUCGCACAGGCGGACGGCCCCGGCCCCGGCGCUCAGUCGGCCACGAAAAGAGACAAAAAACAAGAGCAAGAAAAGCCACUUCCUGUCUUCAAGUGGUCUAUUGGGAAGAAAGCCUCUGAAGAAGCAUCAUCGAAUUCCGAUGAGGCGGAAUCGACUCGUCGAAUGGAAUCCCUCCUCGCCUACAUACACCGGCACAUGCUCUUCCACACAAACAACAAAAAAUCCUCUUCUUAUUUCCCACAAACGACAAAAGCAUCGACAAAAGUCUUAAACAGAACCUACAACGCCAUCCCUCUGAAAACUAGAUCCAUUGUUGAUUCCCAACUCCUCCACUUACGCGACACCUACACGUAA